AUGACAAGGAACGGACCUCUCAGCGAACACACGCCCCUGCUAUCACCUUCGGUCCCCAAGCCUCAGCAGAUUUGGGCACGAUGGCAUCAGCAUUUGGCAGCAAAAGUCUCACGGAGCUGGGCUGACUGCAUCCUGAUCCUGUGUUAUCUCAUCACGGGGCUGUUGGAUAGCGCGUCGAUCUCGGUCUGGGGUUCUUUCGUGUCGAUGCAGACCGGCAACACCGUCUACCUCGGUCUCGGCCUCGCCGCACCAUCCGCCUCAACCCGGUGGAUCAAAUCGGCCGUCUCCAUCUCCGCCUUCUGCGUCGGCUCCUUCCUCUUCAGCCGCUUCCACCGGCGCUUCACACCCACGCGGCGAUGGGUCCUCGCCGUGUCCUUCACCGCGCAGGCGUGCCUGACCAGCGUCGCCGCGGGGCUGGUGACGUCGGCCGGCCCGCCCCCGGACCCGGAGAACCUCGGCUGGCCGGUGCUGGUGCCCAUCGCCCUGGUGGCCUUCCAGAGCUGCGGCCAGGCCGUGGUCAGCCGCGCGCUCGACUACAACGCGCUCACGAGCGUGGUGCUGACGAGUGUCUACUGUGAUUUGUUUUCUGAUGCGCGGUUGUUUAAGCUGGGGAAUGUGCAGCGGAAUCGUAGGAGUGCGGCGCCGCUGUUUUUGCUAGUGGGUGCGUUUCUUGGGGGUCACUUUGCUGAUAGCUCGUGGGGUGUUGCGGGCGCGCUGUGGGCGGCGUCGAUCCUUAAGUUUGCGUUGGUGGUGGUGUGGCUGGUCUGGCCUGCUGAGAGCCUGCGGGUGGAGGUGAGCUGA